GCAAUUAGUUUGUGCACACAAUUAUUGUUCGAGCAGUCCCUAUCCGGCGCUGGCAUCUGCCAGAGGUAUAUUUGGGAAAGCGCGCGCUAGGGCGAUCAUGCAGCUGCAGUCGGUGUCGGGGAACUUGCGGUCCGCGAAUGCGCGUGGGCCCAAUUGGCACCAAGUGGUCCGGUGCAGAGGAUUGCGCAUGGGCGGGGCCUGCGGGAAGUGAUGCGUGGGCGAAGCUUGGGCUGCUCCGCAUCGGGCCAAUCCCACGCCGCCGAGCGCCCUCAAGUUGCUGCCUCGCCCUGCACUGCUCUUUACUUUUACACCGCCGAACCGGUUGUUACCUUUCUACCAACUCAAUCAAGAUGUCUGACGUUAAGGCUGCCAAGAAGGAGGGCGGAAAGAAGGGUGUUGACAUCGUCGGCAUGUCCGACAUGGGUGGCGUGAAGUUUUUCAACGUGGUGCUGGAGAGCGCCAACGGCGACCUGGCUCUGAUGGACGCCGUGCUGGAGGGCUUCAACGCCCCUGUCGAUGAGGGCGCUGAGGAGCGCAAGGGCGGCGCUGGUGGCCUGGGCAAGAUGCUUCUGUCUGCUGGCGACAAGACCGUGGCUCUGCUGUGCAACGUGCCCAAGGAGCUGCAGGAGUCUUACCCCCAUGUGAAGGCCACCGAGUGGAUGGACAAGCUGGUCGCUGCUGCUGGCGGCAAGGUUGCCAAGCGCGAGGACGGCGAGGAGGUCAUUAAGGUCCUGAUUGAGGGCGACUCCGAGAAGGGCCUGUUCCCCCUGAAGAUGCGCGAUGCCGCCCAGACCGCUGGCUUUGCGUUCCUGCGCGAGCAGAACCUGAUCCCCGCCGACGACUCGGAUGAUGACUACAUCCCCGACCCCGAGGCUGCUGGCAUUGAGUGGUAAAUCACUCGGCCGGGACUCGGCAGCAGCGGCUUGACGGGAGGGAGCGCGGCGCGUGGCGUGGCGUGCUUGGUACGGCGGGCGGGAGCAGCUAGCAGCUCGCUCUGCCCCACCGCGGCACUCAGGCCAGCGACGUGUCUCGCUGCACAGACUCCUUGACUUUGAUUGGCCGUGGUCAGUGCGAUCCACGGGGACUACUUAACUUCUUGACUCAAUAGGCAGGUGGCGUAGGUUGAGGUUGCUGCACUAGCCAUGGGGCAGGGCCAGGACCAGGGUGUUCAUGCGUCCAUGGCGAUUUGCCGCCGGGUUGCUCGUAUCUUGUCGCGAUGACCGGUGCGAUUGUGAACGGUGAUUGGAUGACGAAUGGCGGACAAAGGGCACAGCCCGACCAUGUGAAAUGGUGAAACGGUAUGUGCCUUGCAGCGCCCCGAGGAGGGGGAGGACAGGGGUGUGUGAUGGGACAGGGUUCAAGGCAGGUUGGCGAGGUCCCGGGAGGUGGGAGGACAGGGGUUGGCGGGUGCUUAGUAUGCGAGUCAGCAUCAGCUUCCGUGGCGAAGCCUGAAGGAGCGGCAUGAGACAAACGGGUGACUGGGGAAAAUGCAGCGCUGGGCACAUCUGGUCAGCAAACAGAAGGGUACGAUGGUGGGCGACAGGGGACAAGUAGAAAGGAGCGACUGCCGCACUGGGCGUCAACGGCUAUGAGCACAAAAGGGCAUAAACGAGCUGCACGGCUGUAGGCCGAGCGGGCUGGUAAGCAUCAUAGCAGCGCCCAUGGACUUGAAAGCACACUGUGGUAGGGGCCAGCCGCUGCGGAACGUGGGCAUGCACAUUGCACAUGCGCCUUCAGGCGAUGGUCAUUGACGAGGGGCCUGACUUAACGGCUUGAACGUGAAGCAGCGUAUGUCAUUUAUACGCCGGGACUGGUCAAGACGACGGGCCACACGGCGCAAUCCUUGGAGCCAUGCCGGCACUGCAGGCGUGCAGCUUACACCCCUUAAACCUG